GUGGAGUUGGUCUUCGAUGAGCCGACACAGAUCUCUUCAAUAAAGUUCUGGAACUACUCCAGGACACCAGCGCGUGGUGUGCGUGAUGUCGAAGUCUACGUAGACGACUUGCUGAUUUACCAGGGAAUCCUGAGACAGGCAUCUGGUAGAGACGGAGGUGAGAGUGUCUUGUUCACGGACCAGCCAAUGAUCAUCGAAAGGGAGCGCGCGUCCAUUUACCAGCCAAGUCCCGAUGACCUGGUUACCUUUAUCGAUGAAAGUGGGCAAUGGGAUCGCAUCGGGCAUGCUUCAGGUGCGCCUCUGGAACGACCCAUGACGGCACUUACGGCCAUCACGUAG